AUGGCUAAGAAUUCACAAGAUCUACCCCCUCUGGGCGGCUAUGCUCCUAUUCAAUACAAGAGGAAUCUACCUUCAAAAGGUCCAAGAAGCUCUAUACUUCUUUUGUGUAUUGGUUUGAUUUCUUCAUUUGGUUUUUAUCGUUAUAUUCAGGGAGUUCAUGAAAGAAGAGAAUUAAAAAGGGAGAAUGUUUGGUCUCGAAUUCAUUUGAUACCAUUAUUGCAAGUUGAAGCAGAUAGAGAGAUGUAUAGAAGAAAACGAGCGUUGCUUCAAUCAGAGAAUGAAAUUAUGAAAGGAGUUGAGGGUUGGGAUAAUGAAUAUCAUAUUUAUCAUACUCAAACAGAUAUUGCUCCCACCUUUUCGUUGUCACUUGAAUGA